CCUGUACUGCACACGUGUCUCUGUACUGUACACAGCAGCAGCAGCAGCAGCAUGAGUGUGUGUGGAGCUGCUCGGUGCCGCGGUGCCGUGAGGAGCAUCCUUCAGCAGAACCGAGCCGUCUGCAGCCACACGAGCGGAUCUGCUGCUGAGGGAAUCCGGGAAAAUCUGCAGGCUUUCUCGGGAGGAUCCGUAGAGCUCCAGAAGCAGCGGGACUCGGGCGUUGCGCUGCUCACGGUCAACAAUCCAGCGCGCAUGAACGCCUUCUCAGGCAGCAUGAUGCUUGAACUGGAGCAGCGGGUGCGUGAGCUGGAGACCUGGACAGAAGGGAAAGCUGUGAUUGUGCAGGGAGCUGCUGGAACCUUCUGCUCUGGAUCUGAUCUCAAUGCAGUCAGAAUAUAAAUAAAACAUCCCCACAGUGGAUUAGGGAUUUUGCACAUUGGUCAUACAGUCAUUUUGCAGCUGCCGCUCAUCUCAGUGGCACUGGUGGAGGGAAGAGCGCUGGGUGGAGGAGCAGAACUCACCACUGCCUGCGACUUCAGGUUGAUGACGUCUGAUGGUGUUAUCCAGUUUGUCCAUAAGCACAUGGGUUUGGUACCUGGAUGGGGAGGAGCUGCAAGACUAGUUCGUAUUGUUGGCAGCCAGAAUGCCCUGAAACUGUUGAGCGGCGCUAAAAAAGUUGAUCCAGACUUUGGAAAACAGAUGGGACUGGUUGAUGAGGUGCUCCAUUGCUCUUCUGGCGAGGGAAAUGCACUGGCUCACGCCGAGCAGUGGCUGAGUCCGUUCAUUAAGGGCCCGGCCCCAGUGAUCCAGGCGGUGAAGAGGGUUGUUGUCUCCGGAAGAGAGCUUCCCCUGGACGAAGCCCUUCAAGCGGAGAGAAGUGUGUUUGGGACAGUAUGGGGCGGCCCGGCCAAUCUCGAGGCUCUGGCUUUAAAACCUAAACAUAAGUGACCGCAAUCAUCAUCGCUGCACAACAUUAAAACUGUUUCAAAUAUGCUUGAAGAACUUUAUAUUUUCAGAUCAGUGGAAGUAACAGAAAACUUCCUGGAUUGCUUUGCGGAGUUCAUGUCAACUUGCGCAUGCACGCAUUAGUAUAUUAAUAUCUGAGUGCUGCAUCUUUCAAAGUUUUGUGAUUGCAAGAAUCUAUACACAUUAAUGCAGUCCUUUAUAGUAGUGUACACUUUUGUCUUUUUCUGCAUAAAUGAUAAACCUGAGGGGAAAAUAAAGCAGUAUCGGCUAAUUAAAAUCCAUGAAU